AUACUAAGGUAAAUAAACCAGACAGAAAAAGACAAACGCUGCAUAUUGUCACUUAUAUGGGAAAUCUAAAAUAAAAGUGAACUAAUAGAAUUAAAAGUGACUGCCAGGGGCUGAGAUUGGUGGAAAUAGCAGGGAGAAACUGGUAACAGGGUACAAUCUUUCAGUUACAAGAUAAAGACCUGAGGAUCUAAUGUAUAUCAUGGUGACUUAUGGUAUCUGAAAUUUUCUGAGAGUGGAACUUAAAUGUUCUCACAAAAAUAAAUGAAAGUGAAUAUGUGAGGUUAAAAAAUGCAGUUGAAGACAGAAGGUAUUCUGAGAGUAUCAAUCCCUGUGAAAUGGCUAAUAUUCCUGAGAGGACUACACUAUCAAAAGCUACACAAUUGAAAGUGGGUGGAUUCAAGCAAAGAUCUCCAAGAGAUACAGGAACCAGGUAAUACCUGGCUUCCAAGUAGAAUAAACAGAAAAUUGAUGAAAGUACACAAGGUCCAAGGAGAGUGGAGGGGUAGAGACUGCUAGGCUGGGUGGGGGGAGGGGUAGUAGUUCAUCCUCCUCUAUUGCCCCCUCUCUGCCCUCAGAAGCCCUUUGUGACAAGACCAUGAUCUGUGAUGUUGGCCUAGGCCUCUGGUCUACAAGCCACGCCCAGUGCUCAGUUGCCUGAAGGCAACUGUGCAAUUCAGAUGAUGGAGAAACCUCUCUUUUCUCUGAAAAGCAUUCUUGCUACAUGGCAGAGCUCCAGCCCUUCCUUGGUGAUUGAUAUCAUCUUCGCUAUCUCAUGUGGACUAUUGCUCUUCCUCCUAUUACUCACCUGCUUGGAGAGUGAUCCACCCUUACCACCACCUAGGAAACACGGAAACAUCAGGAAGCAUUCAGUGGAGCUAAGGUGGAGGAGCAGGAAGAAAAGUGGAGCUUUGAAAGCCUGCAGAGAUUGCCUGCAAGAAAUAGAAGAGGCUCGGUGCCUGAUUUCUCUCCUGCAAAGCCACCUGGGGAAGUUCUCAGACAAUCAGCAUUCUUGUCAAAACCCUCCUGGAGAGUUGUGCAAAGCAGCACCCACUGGAGUCCACCAGCCUUACUGUGUGCCUGUGGAAAAUGCUGCUCCUGCCAUGUCAACUUCCCCAUCUCUCCUGACCGUGUGUACUCUACCUCUGGCCUCCCCCCUGUCAGCAGAACAUCAGGACCAACCUGACUUGAUGAAAAUCCCUCUGAGUACCAUUGUAAAGAGCUCACCUCCAGGUAACUCCUUUUUGGCAUCUUCCAUCCCAGCCAUUUCAGGCCUUGGCUGCUCAAGCUAUCCCAUGAAGUUCUUGUCCUGGUGGUGGGUGACUACCAAGGCCUUAUUCUUCCCCACCUCAUCACAACAUGAGUCUCAGCAAGAGCACCUGUCCCAUCACCCACCUGAGGCCUUAUUCUGGGGAGACCCCACAGACAAACAGAUAGAGACCGGUAGCCUCUCAUUUAUCAACCCUGAUAUCCAGAAGCUGCUGGAGAUAGUGAUCACCAAGAAGGCAGAACUGAAGGUGUGGAAGGAGAGAGAAAGGGAUGUGUCAUUGUCGAAACAAAAGGGCUUAGACAACCACCUAAAGUCUUUCGGGAAUAUAUGGACAUCACUGGGUGCUAAGCAGGACUCCGCAACCCCCCAACCCUUCUGGAGCAUGAAGGACAUAAAAGAGCAGGUGCCCAGUCCUCAGCAGUUCUCACAUCACCAGCUCUGGGAGGACCAUCGACAGCAGAAAUGCAGCCAGCUCUUCUGGGGUCUCCCCUCCCUACACAGUGAGUCCCUGGUGGCUACUGCCUGGGUUGCUAGGAGUUCUUACCCACAGCCUCUUUCAUUUUUAUUCAAUGGCAUGUGUAACCACUGUCCAGCUCGAAUUCAACCUACAACCUCUUCAGGGCUUUCACAGGCUGUACUUUUGUCUCUCUCUGGGGCCCAACCACAACCUUUGACUGGAAACUUGCCCCAGUCCCAGACCCCACCUCUGGCUCAAAUCCAGUCCCAGACUCAUCUCAUACCCUCCCACUCAAUCCAACCACCUUCUUCUCUGAUCCAGAUGAGCACUUCUGGGGUAUCUUGCCCUACAGCCCAGAAUAAGGAACAAUAUUUCAUCCCACCUGACAUUCAGUAUCUGGAAUUGAAAAGGGAGCGAGCUUUACUUUCUCUGACCAAAAGAUCUCAGGAAGUCUUUAGCCAACCUACACCCAACUUUCCCCAGAAUAGUAGGGCCUCCCAUGGCCACAGAAGAGUUCCUAUUCCUCACAAGGACUUUAUCGGCAAAAGUCUCCAGAAGCAGUAUCUUCAAAAAAGGCUCACCACAAAAAAACAGCAGGGUGGCCUGCACUUCAGGGUCCAGGUGUCUCUGGAAAUGAUGCAGGCUCAGAGCCAAUUCCCAGGUAUGUGUCAUGCACAAGACAAGAAGGGGCCCUUUCAGGACUCACAUAAGAUGGAGUCUAGGUACCAUAGAAGGUCCCACAGGAAGGACCAACGAGGAAAGGACUUUCGCAGAGAUCUAUGGCAAUGUAUGAGGAGGAUCCCAGAAGUUCUCUCCAGAGACUCGAACACCAUCAUAGUGAAGGUUCUGAAAGUAAAUUCUAAGAGGAAAUCAGAAGGGAACUUGAAGCCACAAAAGAGUGGUGUAGGAAUUUGCUUAUACACAGGCCCAGAAAAGAAACACAUAGAAAACAUCUUAAAAGCACAUUUGGACAGGAAGUUAGAACAGAUCAUCAAAGGUUUGAUCCCUGCGAGUGUGGGUCGAUCUUGGCUUGCUGCCAACCAUGUUUUUCUCAAGUUCCACACUCACAUGGAAACCAGAAAUCAAGUAUCCUUGAAGGGUCAGGAAUAUUACCUAAACACCUCCUGUGAGCUUUCCUUCCUCAGUCCACUCACUCAACAGGUGCUGGAAGCACAUAUGAUAAGGUUUCACGAAAGACAUAGGUGGGGCCGGCCCCACCAGGCCUUUGAGCCCACAAAUCUAAAGCUACAUGAGACACAAUAUUUGCCCCUUCCACGAGCCUGCUCCCCCACUUCAUCUGUCUAUGUAUUUGGGGUCCACUUGGAAGACAAGUACACCAAGGUCUUGGGAAAACCUCCUCCACCCUUUUUAGGAGAAAAGGUGAUAACAAAAAAGUCAUUGCUCACUCCACUAGGUCCCCUUUCCACCACCUCACCUGUGUCUGAGGAAAUUCAGAAGACCCUGGAAGAGAUGCCCUCUGGUGAUGGCCAUGGGCUGUCAGAGACCCCUCUGAAGAGCCAGGAAGGCAGGCCACCUCCUCAUUCCCUCACACUCAGCCUCAUGGGAAAAAUAUGGCAAAUUGGGACUGUCACUGGCAUUGAAAAAAGAAGCUUGAUACCAAAUCCAAGUUCAGCAGUAGCCAGAAAUGAGCCAAGAGAGGGGAGAAGGGCAAUAGUGGAGAUGAACUUAGGGUCCCAAUCUUCAAAGGCUGAAGAGGCCAGGGAGGCAUUGGAGGCUGAGGAGACCCCUGCUUGGAAAGUCACUGUGGGACCCAGUGUACUGGCCAAUUCCCAAACCAUUAAUAUGGGUAUGAGGAGAUCAGAGUCUCUAGUGCCUGAUAAAAGUUCCUCACUACCUACAAAGUCAGUGGCCCAAGAUCUACAAGAGCCAAGCCUUAAAAAAAACAUUGCUAAUAAGUUUGAGCUUCAAGGAAAGGUAGAGUCAGAGAACCAGCUUCAAGCCCUUGCUGCCAGCUUACUCCCUCAAGACUGUCACACUGAUGUCAUCUUUCAAGACAAUACAAGUGGCAUGUGUCUCCAAGACAGUGCCACCAAUGUACUCCUCCAAGACCUUCACAAUGAUGUACUUCUCGCUGCAGACAUUAUGGCUUCUCAUGGGUCACUUAGGGAAAAUACCAGUGGGGACAUGUUGGUUGCACAGGUGCCAUAUGACCUCAUAUUGAGUGAACAGAGCAGCCAGGGGCAGCAAGAGCCUGGGAUACCAAAACUUAAGGACCCAUUUCUAAGCCAAAGCAAAAUGUUUCUCCCCAUUGAUGGGAGGGAGAAUGAUAGGAGACCCAACCAAAGAGAACAAAAUGAAGGGUUGGAAGAACCGAGGAAUUCACAAGCCAGUAGGAUGAACAACCCUCCUCAGGUCAGGGGGAUGGGAGACACCCUCGGGAGUAAAUACUUACAACUCCUGCCAGAGAAAACACAGGUUUUUCUGGAAAACCACUUCAGAAAAAGGCACUCUCCACAGUAUCUUAACCCCAAUAAAAAGGGCAAAGGAUCAGAAGAACCUCUUCGAAAAGGCCAACCUGUCAUAACCAUUGCCCAGAACCAAGAACCAGUUAAAAGCAGACCAGUUCUGGACAAUGCACCUGUUGAAGCUCAGGUGAUCGUGAGAGCAGUUGGACAAAUCCUGGUGGAGAAAUUAGGACUUCACCAAGGACUUCAUGCCAAGGAGUUAAAUCAACACAAACAACAACUUCAGGCACCGGUAGGUGAGUGUUCCUGCUACCUCAAGGUUCUCUCCUCUUCAAAGCAGAGAAGAGUGAGGAAAGACGGAUAUGGCCUACAGUCACCAAGCUACCCCCAAGGGCCACAACUGCUCUAAUAAGAGUGGGUUGACCAGAGACAGGGAUGGCAAAUGGGCCUUUCCACCCAGGGAACCAGCAUCCCCAAGGUUCUUCCUAUUACAAAGUUUACUGUUUCACAAAAUAUACAAUUUUUUUCUCAUGAGAGUUGGUGGCCUCUGUCUGUGUACUCCAGGUAGAAGAGAAGGGAUUUGGGUUCACUGUCCCAAGAGCCUUCUUUGGCUCCCAGAAGGAAUGGUGCCAUGGGGGAGGUUUACCACAGUGAGGCACAUUUCCUCAGUGUACCUUUUUCCAUAAUUCAUAGUUACAUAGACAAACAAAAGCAUUUAGGAGAUUUCAAGAUGAGCAAAACUGUAAGAUCUUGCUCAGCCCAUCCUCUCCUGCUUUCUGUCUACCUGGAACUUAAUGGGCUGUGGUGGAAGGGUUUGGAGACGGCUGAAUACCUCAGUUUAUAUGAAGUUUCACCGAGUGGGGAGGGGGCCUUGGCAGCAGUGCUGGUCCUGAGUCCAGAGGUGGGAGAGAUCUUGCCCUGGAUCUUUGGUGGGAAUGGCUGGCACCUGCCUGGGAGCCCUUCUCUCCCUUGUGAAGCUGAGAUGGACAUGGACCAGCCAACCCCUGUGAACUCUGUGCUCAGUGUCCCGUCCCUCUGCCUUUCUCACUCUCUGGAGCAGCAGCAAGGACUAGGGCAAUACUCCCAGCUCUGAGCGUAUGCAGGUGGGGGGCACAGAGGCUGCUAAGGGCCCUACACCUGCCUACCAGGGAGAGAGGAUGGCCUGCCCAAGGGCACCCAUAGUUCCCUUUUAGGGAGGGGAGCAGGAUGUGACUGUGCAUGCAGUCACUAUGUGACAAUGGGACUCUCUGCACCCAGGAUAAUAUGAAGGGGAAGGAAGUAAAGUGACACAGCAUGCCCAUAAAUUGUGCAGUGACCAAGGAGCCCUUGGUAUCCCACUGUCAUCUACAAACCCAGAGGGGAGGAGAAUUUAGGGGUCCAUUGGCUCAGGGUGUCCACCCCCUUUGAGUUCCCAGAGUCAAGGUGAGGGAAGCCACCUGUGGUUACUACUCAGAAGGGCAGCCUCACAGAAGUAGCAGAGUCUUCAAGCAGGGAAGGUUGAUCUCUCCAUAAUAUAUUUCAUCAGCUUGUACAGAACUGGGGACUAUGGAACACAAUUCUGACCUUAACUUACAGGUGUGGCCCAUGGGGGACCAGCACUGGGGUGAAGGGACAGAGCGGGCACAGGACUCCUCGUACUUUGAGUUCUCUCUGGAGACAGGUCCUGCCUUUGGGCCCUGAUCCAGAGCUGCCUCCAAGGUGGACACAGCAGUGACAGUGCAGCCAGGACCUGUGGGAGAGGUGGAAACCAGGGCAGAGAGUGCCGUGGGCCCUCAGGAGCUCAGAAGGGUGUGGCACAAGGUGGGGACCCUGAGCCUGGCUGCUGCUUGGUCCUCAUAGGGGAUGAUGAGAUCAGUUCUGGGAGUGGGCAGAGCUGAGUGGACUCCAUGAUCUUAUCAGGACAAGUGCCACAGACAGAUGGGUAUGCUGAUAAAACAUCAAGAAACAGGAAGGAGCAAGUCCCUUUGCCCCUCCCCUGCCUUAAGGUGAAGUAGGGCCAGCCAUGGAGGUCCCCGCACUGAGAGGCCUGCACAGAGAUGACACAGAGAUACUGCUCACUGGGACUUGUGACAGAGAGUAUGCACAGACACCUCCACUAAGAACCCUCACAGAGAGACCCACACAGAGCCUUGUGACAGAGACCUAUGACAGAGACCCACACAGAGACCUCACACAAUGAUUUUCAUAGAGAGACUGUAACAGGGUACAGACAAGAGGGGGCCCCAAAUAGGGAUUUGUAAUGGGGUCCAGAACUCAAGAUGUCCAGGAAAUAUUAGAAAAAAUAUAUAUAGGAUAUCCUUACCCCCACAAUUCUGAGCUGGGGGAUGGGACACAUGGAUCAGGGUCAUUCAGAGCUGUUUUAUAUAGCAACAGCUUUGCAGCUAACCUCUGGCGUGGUCAUUUAACAUAUCUAUAACCUUUAACUGGUUUUGUAGAUAUGUUAAAUAGCUGUGGCCAUGUCUUGAGCCAGGGGGAUAGAAGUGACUUCCACCUAAGAUGUAAUUGGGAGGCAACUCCCUCUGGUUACAGCACCAGUGUGAGAGCUUGGAGAUAAUUGGCUCCAUGCCAUGGGACCACACCUGCCUAGACUUACUAUGGCAGCUCAGUAAAGC